AAUCAAAUGCUAUGACAGUAGAAAACAGCAUAUAUAUAUUCUCUCCAAGGGGAAGAAGAGUGAUUGUUGCAUUAAGGAUACAUUUUAUUUUCCAUCUGUUGUAUUAAAAUUAUCUAUUAUAUUUUUUAAAAGAAACUAAACUAACAUAAAAGCAACUUCCUUAAAAAAGUUGUUGGGGGGGUGGUGUGAUUAUUGCACUAAGAAGACAUGUUAAUUUCCUUCUGUCAUAUUAAAUCUAAUAUAUAAAAAAGUAUUUUUGUUUGUUCGUAUUUUAAGUGCUGCCAUACCAUUCAUCUGAUUGCAAUAAAACUUCGCCUACUUAUUGCUUGCACUUGUGCAAAGGUUAUAAGCAUCAUACAAUUAUGAGCAUUUAUUUUGAACACCAUAAAAUUUACAAACAAAUCAUUUCAUGCAUUUCAAUUAUUAAACAUUAUUAUAAAAUUGAUUAAAAACAAUAAACAGCCUAUGUCAUUCAUAGUUAAUCGCAUAUAUAUUAAAAAAAUAAAAUUAUUAUCACCGAUGCUAAUCAAUGUGAGUGAAAUAAAAUCUAAGAUAUUUACUGCAAGUAUUACUCUUUAUCUUUUUGUUAACGAAUAGUCAUUCAUCUACACAGGACAUUGUCAUUCAACGGGCAUAAUAUUUUGGUUGCGACAAACUGCACUUAUUAUUCAGAGCUUAUUUCACGCAUACAAGAAAAAUUAUUAUUAUUGAUACCAAUUGAGAUAAAAUUUCCAGUGCAAAUAGCAAUUUUUCUAUUUAUUUAGUGAAUUGUCAAACGAUAUUUCGAUAAUACAAGUGUAUAUUGUGGUAACUUCUUCAUCAAAAGAUAUGUCCCCCAAAUGUUCGACACUUGGUAGAUCUAUGAGCGCUUCACAUAGGAAUAAGCCAGUUCAAGCUUUUCAAAGAAACGGCAAGCGAGCAAUGAAGCAGAUCUUUUAUGAAUUGCAAAUUCAGAUACUUCAGAAUCUCAAGAUAAACAAGUGGCAAGAAUGGACGGAAAAACACAAAAUAACGUCUACCCUUAAACACGUAUCUAAUAAAGUAAAAAAAAAAAAAAAAAAGAGUAAAUAUCAUGUAUGCUUCUCCUUUACAUAUCAUUCAAUUUCAUUAAAUGCUUUAAUUGGGAACAACAAAAUAAAUAUAAUUCUUCCUAAAAUUCCUAAUUAAACAAGAUAACUAUUUCAAAUGAUAUUUCUAAAGUUAUUUCUUCUGCUGCAGCAACAUGGCAGUUCUUUCCAUGAGUACCUAAUAUGUGUGUCAGAGAAGGUCAUUUUUUUAUCAUUGAUAACGAAUUGUUUUAACUUGAAGCCUUCAAUAGUUUUAUUUUGAGAAUAUUUUGAUGCAAGAAGAAGCAUUUUUAAUUUGUUAAAAGCUGAAUAAAUUUAAGCAUAAUGGCUACUUCAGGAAAAAAAAAGAGAAUACAUAAUAUUACUAGGCACGAUCUUAUUGAAUUCAUGAAUAAAUCUGAUUAUGAAUUACUAAGCGUCUUGAACAGAACGGAAUUUGGGUUUGACAGAUUUUUAAAAAGAAAGAGUUAUUUUAUUACAGACGGUCAAAUUAAUUAUGAGCUUGUUGAAUUGAUUAUUGAAGCUGCAAAUCGCGUAUGUUCUAUUAGACGUCAAAACGCCACUGGCAGCAUUCAAAAAUUUUUAAAGACACUUGCAGAAUGUGAGGACUUUAUUUUUCUUGAUGCUUUAAAUGCUAUUAAUGACAUUUUGGAGCAUAGAAAAAAGAUCUUUUUAGCUUCUUAUGUGAAGCAUUAUUUGUUUAUUUUGAAAAGUAUGAUGAAAUUUAAAAUUUCUUGUAGUAAAAUUGCUGAUUACAUUUUUCCUGCCAUGCAGAAUAUUUUAAAUUUAAUGCGAGCUCGUAAAAUUCAAAAUCUCAAUGAGUGUCAAGAUGAAUAUGAAAAACUGAAGAGAGAAGUUGAUAAGUUUGAGAAACCUUCCCCUAUUAGUGAUGAAGAUGAUGAUGAAGUUGGUUUGUUUCGCCAGCUUUCCAUUGUUCCAAAGGAUAAUGAUAUUGUAAAUGUCAUUGUUCAAGAUUUGCCUUGCAAUAAAAUAGAUGGGCCUUAUAAUAGUGUAGAACAUUAUUUGAGUGUUCAUUUUCGCCUCAUGAGAGAAGAUAUGCUACGUUCAUUUAGAGAUUGUAUUAGAAUGUGUGAAAAUCCGAGUGAAGCUUCACGAUCUGGCUGUCGCAUUUAUGAAUCAGUUAAGAUAGAUUUUCCUCCAUCUUAUACUCCGGAUGGAAUAUGUUAUAAGAUCCAAAUCAGAACCAAUAAUGAAAUUGAUCUAGAAAAAAGUAAUGUUUUAAUGGUUGGGAAUAUGGUGUGUCUUACUCCAAAUCAAUUUGAUACAAUUUAUUGUGCGGUAUUGAGUAGGCCUGCAAAAGCAAAGCGUAGUAAAACCAGAGAAUGCAGUUCAGAAAUCAGGUUGGAAGAUAUUUUUAUUGAUGUUCUUAAUCCUGAUGUUGAAUACCUUAUGUUUGAGCCUAACGCUUACUUUGAAUGUUACAAGCAUGUUCUUUCUGCCAUAAAGGAAUUUAAUAAAAAUACUUUUCCUUUAUCUGAUUUUCUUGUCUUUUUAGAAUAUGACAAUCCAGAACCAGAGUAUUUGGUUUGUCCUGAUAUGUUAAAGGGGAAAAAAUAUAGUUUGCCUGUAAAAUGUAAAGCAUCAUCUGAAUCUAAUAUUACAAGUCAGAAUUUAAAUAAUAAUGAAAUUCCGAAAACUGAAGCCAAGGAAUCAGAUGAAAUUACUGAUAAGAAAAAUUUAACUGAUAAUACAAUGGAGUUAAAUUCUGAAAAGCAAAAACAAAGCAAAGAACAUUACGAAAACGUUUCAUCCGAUAUCAAAACAUUUGAUCCAUUAUGCUAUGAUGACUGGCCUACUGCAGCAGAUCUAGAAUUGGAUGACCAGCAGCUUCAUGCUUUUAAAACAGCUCUUACAAAAAAAGUUGCUGUAAUACAAGGUCCCCCAGGUACUGGUAAAACAUAUAUUGGUGUAAAAGUGGUAAAGGCUUUAUUAGAAAAUGUACCAUUGACACCAAUCAUUAUUUGUUGUCUAACAAAUCAUGCUUUAGAUCAAUUUUUGGAACAUAUUUUAAAAUUUACUAAAAAAGUUAUCCGUUUAGGUUUUCAAAGUGAAAGUAAAAUCCUUUCUCCUCAUGUUCUUGAAAAUCUAGUUACUGCUUGUAAACAAAGCUGUGAUGCAAACACUCAUUUGCUGAUGAGUGGGGAUUUAAAGAAAUCUUUAGAUCUUAUGCAAAUUCUUGCCCCUGAAUUAUUAGAUCAAUUUACCAAAGGAGAUGCCGAUGAAAAAUUAGCCGAAAGAAAAAACUUAUGUAAGGAAUUAAAUGAUCUUCUUUGCACUCAGCAUUUGUGUAAAGAAAAAUAUCUUAACGAUGAUAUUAUCAACAAAAUUAUAAAGAAUAAAAAUGACAAAAAUCAAUUACGGGAAGGAUCUUCUACUCAUAGUAAGGCUUUAAGCACGAGUAUACUUGAAUGGCUCUGCUGUUCUCGCACCAGUGAGUUGUAUGAAGAAUGUAAUUUACGGUUUUCAAAGAUAGAAAAAAAAGAAUGUAAAACACAUUUAAACAAUGUAAAUUUAUGGUCUUUAAAACUACCUGAAAGAUAUGAGUAUUUUUUUCAUUGGAGACAAAAUUAUUUAUUGAAGUUACAGAGAGACAUUGAGACUGCUCAGGAGUUUUAUCUAAAAAUGAUGCUUGAACAUCAUAGGAAAGUUCCAGAUUCUUUAAAAAUGGAAAUUCUAAAAUCAGCUUUUAUUAUUGGUGUCACUACGACUGGUGCUGCAAAAUAUAAAGAACUAAUUAAGAGCACUGGUGCUUCCAUUUUAGUAGUUGAAGAAGCAGCUGAAGUUCUUGAGUCCCACAUAAUUGCAUCACUUAUCCCAACAACUCAACAUCUUAUUUUAAUUGGAGAUCAUAAACAAUUAAGACCUAUACCUUCUAAUCAUGAGUUAAGUGAAAUGUACAAUUUAAAUAUAUCAAUGUUUGAAAGACUUUUUAUAAACAAUGCUCCAUCUGCAACAUUAAUAUCCCAGCAUCGUAUGAAGCCAUGCAUUGCUGACUUACUUGUACAAAAGGAACUGUACCCUGACCUAAAAAACUAUGAUAAUGUGUAUAAAUAUGAAGAUAUAAUGGGUGUGAAGUCAAGUGUGUUCUUUCUAAAUCAUUGCUAUGCUGAAAGUGAAUUGUCCACCAGUACAAGUUCGUCAAACUUGUUUGAAGCUCAAACAAUUGCCAAAAUAGCUAAAUAUUUUUGCAUACAGUCUUAUCUUGAAGAAAAUAUAACAAUUCUGGCCGCCUACUCUGCUCAAGUUCCGCUGAUUCAGGAAUAUUUAGAAAAAGAACAGUUGAAUAUACAUGUUACUACUGUUGAUAAUUAUCAAGGUGAAGAGAAUGAUAUUAUUUUAAUUUCCUUUGUUAGAAGCAACAGAAUUGGUAAAAUUGGUUUUUUGAUGGAAAAUAAUCGUGUGAAUGUUGCUUUGUCUCGAGCAAGAAAAGGCAUGUUUUGCUUGGGAAAUUUUUCUUUAUAUGCUGAGAAAAGUCAGUUGUGGAAAUGCAUUGUUGCUAAAUUGCAGGCUCAAAAUAUGAUUGGUGAAAAACUUCCUCUACAAUGUAGCAGGCAUUUAAAGACUACUUUUGUUGAAACAUCUGAAGAAAUUCAAGACCUUAUACAGCGUGGCUGUAGUGAAAAAUGUGGAUUUAAAUUGCCAUGUGGGCAUUCCUGCAUUAGAAAAUGUCAUUAUGAUGAUACAGAUCAUGUCCUUUAUCAAUGUACCUUACCUUGUGAAAAGUAUAUUGAUGAAGAUAAAAAAUGUACCCGUAGGUGCUAUCAACGUUGCAAAAACAUAAAAAGGUUAGAUAUCACUCUUCCUUGUGGUCAUGCAGCAAAACAAAAGAAAGAUGGGUCAAUAAUAGUUCAGUGCUCAGAAGAAGUGCAAAAACUUCUCCCUUGCAAGCAUAUAGAUACAUUGCCAUGUGGUACUGACAUUUCUACUUACAAAUGCAAAGCUUCUGUUUCUGUUAAUCUUCCUUGUGGGCACAAGAAAAGUGUUUUCUGUCAUAAGAAGAAUGAUUUGAAGCAUGUUGUUUGUUACAGCUUUAAACCUAUGUUAGGCCCUUGUGGUCAUAUGAUUGAUGUUCCAUGUAGCGUUAAUUUUGAUGAGUAUGAGCUUUUCCCGUUUUGCAAGCAGUCUUGUGGCAUUUUGCUUAAGUGUGGUCAUCCAUGCCCUGGUUCAUGUUUCUACUGUUCCGAUAUUGGUAUACAUGCAAUGUGCUCAGAAAAAUGUGAUUUGACUUUGAGUUGUGGUCAUAAGUGUCGUGGUUACUGUGGAAGCCCUUGUCUACCAUGUAUUGAGAAAUGUUCUUUGUCUUGUUCUCAUAAAAUGGUCUGCAUCAAUAGCUGCAGCCGUCCUUGUGUUGAAUGCAAAAAGAAAUGUGACCGAGGCUGCCAGCAUGUUGGACAAUGUGAUAGAUUAUGUUUUGAAGAAUGUUCAGUUAAGGAAUGCACUCAUGUUUGUAGUGAAACUUUACCAUGUGGUCAUCAGUGCAUUGGAUUGUGUAGUGAUCCUUGCCCUUACCUUUGUCGCAAGUGCAAUAAGGAAGAUAUUCAAUCUGGUAAUCCUGAAAUUGAUUUUUAUAUUCAUCUUGAAAACUGUGAUCAUGUUGUCGAAAUUAACCAAUUAGAUGAGCAUAUUAAUUGUUGUAUAGAAUGUUUUGUGUGGCCAGAUUGUCCUAUUUGUUGCACACCAAUACGUCAGAGUUAUCGUUACAAAAAUGUUUUAUUGAAAGCUAAAAGAACUUUUCUAAAUCGAUGUAACAAUUCGGAUGAAAUUGAUGAUGUCCAGUACCUUUUAAAUGCUUUAUGUCCACCAAGUGAAGUCAUCCCUUCAGAAUUUUUUUACAUCCACAAAGAAAUUAAAAACAUUUUAGACAAGGAGAUAAAGCCUUCAUCUGCAUCUUUAUACAUUAUAAAACAGUGCAUAAUGUCUCUUAGGAUUUUAGUAAUUAUUAGCAAAAAGCUUAAAGAAACUGAAAUUUCAAAUAAAGCAUAUCUACAAAAUUGUUUGGAUUCUUUAAUAAUAUGGAUUUGUAAUCAUCUAAAAUGUGCCAGUUACCAGCAAUUGAAUGAAUUAGACAAUCGAGUAUUUGAACUUGAAAAAGAAUUGAAUAAAAGUAUUUCAGUGUGAAAUUUAUUUAUUCAAAUCUUUCCAAAAUAUUAUAAAUAAAUGCUCACAUAUAAAUGGAUCUGCAGAAUGUUUUGUAUUUGUAAUUUAUUUGACAUUACUGUGUAAAGGUAGAAUAUAUUAAUAAAAUAC